GCAACAACAAACCCACCUGGCGGCGCUCUGCAGCUCGCUGUUGUUGUUCCUCUUUGACUCAGCCUGUGUGACAGCUGGUUAGAGGCAGCCUGGCAGCCUACCAUGAAUAAACGGGCAGGUGAAAGAGCCUACAUUUAAGUAUAGUCGUUGUGUGCUCGGCGUUUUUUGUCUGCAAACGGCUGAAACAGUUAUCGGUUGCUCUCUGUCAGCAGUCCUCCUCCGCUACAAUAGCUUAGCUUGCUAGCAGUCAGCGACAUUAUGACAUGCGUGUGAAUGGAAGAGCGCUUCCUCAUUGCAAUUACCAUAAAGGGGCAGUUCUGCUUUCAGUGGCUGACCUAGUGGAUGAUAAAUCCUCAGUGACUUCCCGUAAAAGGCUCACAAACUGCUAUGGAGCCAAACCCGGCUAUGGGCUGUGUGAACAUUGGCAGUCUGACCAGCACCUUGCCGGUGAUCCCCUACCAGAAGCUGACAGACCUGUACUACCUGAGCAGAGGGGGCUUCGGCACCGUGUUCAAGGCGCAGCACUCCGACUGGAGAACCACUGUGGCCAUCAAGUGCCUGAAACUCGACUGUCCCGUUGGAGAAAGAGAGAGGAACUGCCUGCUGAAGGAGGCAGAGGUGCUCCACAAAGCCAGGUUCAACUACAUCAUCCAGAUCUUUGGCAUCUGCAACGAGCCCGAGUUCUUCUGCAUAGUCACCGAGUUUAUGAGCAAUGGCUCUCUGGACCUGUUGCUCCAUGAGAAGGACAUGUACCCCGGGCUUGCCUGGCCUUUACGACUGAGGAUCCUGUAUGAGAUUGCCCUGGGGGUUAACUUCCUUCACAACAUGAACCCACCUCUCUUACAUCAUGACCUGAAGACACAGAACAUACUGUUGGAUGGAGAAUUUCAUGUUAAGAUCGCAGACUUCGGCCUUUCAAAGUGGCGCCAGCUGUCCGUCAGUAAAGGCUCGGGGUCCAAGUCCACUGAGAUGGGGGGCACGGUGAUCUACAUGCCCCCCGAGAAGUACGAACCAUCCAAGAGCCGUCGGGCCGAUGUGAAACACGACAUGUACAGCUAUGCCAUCAUUAUGUGGGAAGUGCUGUCCAGGCAUAUUCCAUUUGAAGAGGUGACCAACCCCAUGCAGAUCAUGUUCAGUGUGCUCCGUGGGAUGCGUCCUGACACGGGUCUGGAGAGCCUGCCUGCUGACAUCCCCAGCAGAGAGACCCUCAUCAGUUUAAUGACCUGCGGCUGGACCACCAACCCUGAUGAACGACCUUCCUUCCUCAAGUGUGUGAUUGAGCUGGAGCCCAUGGUGAGGAAGUUUGACGAAAUAGAUUUCCUGGAGGCUGUGUUGGAGAUUAAGAGGUCAAAGCUGAGGCGGGGGUCAGGCUGUUGUUCAGCCCAGUCAGUGAGUGAGAAGAAGAGUGACGAGGGGUCCCUGAACAUACUGAAGGACAGGCCCAGCCCCUGGCCGGAGAGCCUCACCUCCACCUCAGGCUCGGGCUCUUGCUCCUCUCAGGACACAGACAUAUCUCUACCAUGCCCCCUCACCAGCAGCAAUGCUGCACCUUCUAGAGAGGGGCUUCCGUCGUCAUUUGAAGCUCAUACUCUGGAGCCUGAGUAUUUGAAGGACGACUGCACAGACAACAAUCUGAACAGCUACCAGAGUGCCAGGCCCAUGAAUUAUAUGAACAUACCCGUCAAACCAGGCCCGCCCAUCACUGAGUAUGAGACACAGCUGGAUAACCUCACCCUCAAUCCUCAGCCUCAGCAACAAGGAGAUUACUCUCCUCCGUUGCGGCACUCCUCCCCCUCAGAAGGCCCAAUCGCCCGGUGGAUCGAGUCCCGGCGUGAGGAGAUCGUCUGCCAGAUGACGCAGGCCUGUCUGAACCAGAGCUUGGAUGCCCUGCUGGCCCAAAAAAUGCUGAUGCGGGAGGAUUACGAGCUGGUGGUGACCCAGACCACGCGCACCGCUAAGGUCCGCCAGCUCCUGGACAACUGCCACCGGCACAACGAAGACUUCUGCCGCAUCGUCGUCCGCAAGCUGCGUGACAACAAGCAAAUGGGCCUGCAGCCGUACCCGCCUGAAAUCGGGUCUCCUACUCUCUACCCCAGCGCACCGCCCCUCUCCACAUCCUACAACAUCCCCAGGAACAUGUAGCAGCCGUCACAGCCAAACAAUGGAAACUAUCCAGAUUACAGUCUGUGCAAACUUUACACUACACUUAACUCUUACUGGGUCCGCUGUCGUCAAAGAUGGUCACCAUGGUUCCCGUCAAAGACGCUGAGGGCUGGGCGAGCAAAAAGAGCCGCAGGUACUAAACUAAGUUUCCUGGCUUUGAAGAAUAUUCACGAGAGACGGAAGGUUAUCUUCCGUACAAUCAGAAUCAAAAGAUUUAGUCAGAAUCAGUGAUUUUAAUUUAACAAUGUCAUGGAUUUAAACAGGUGAUUUAUUUAUUGUGUGUGUGUGUGUGUGUGUGUGUGUGUGUGUGUGUGAGAGAGAGUGUGAGUGUGUGUGUGUGUUCAUUUGAUCUGAGUGACAGGAAGACUGUUAACAUGCUGGAAAACGAACUGAAAGCAAUCAUAAAGUAACAUGAUGUUUAACACCUGAGUGAAGUGAGUGAGUAUUUUGCCCUCACUGUGUCUUUGUAUUGAAGAAAGCUACAUUAAAUAUGUGUAAAAUGCAGUCAAGUGUUGUGCUACACGACUUCAGAGCUAAUGGUAACUAACUCUGGAGUUCUUGAACGUUAACGGCUUCACGUAACUGAAGUGUUGGACUGAACUUGGUAGACUGUGACUGUAUGGAAAGUGUUUCUCCCAACAUGGGCUCUUUCUCUUCCCUUUUUAUUUGAAAUGAGCACUGAGCGAAAGAGAGUCGUUAAGUUAAGCGUAUUGUAAUAUAACACUCAGAAUGAGAGGGAUGCGUGUGUGUCUGCAUGUCUGGAUAAAAAGUGGACCAAAGUGAUCUGAUUUCUUUUGGCCUUCUCAGUCGUGGCCUCACCUCUCAGUAUUCUGAAUAAUGUAGACACGUGUGACUCCUCUAGAUUCUUCCAGAGUUAGUUGAUCUAUGUGCUGAGCUGCUCCGCAGAAGAGCUGCAACACAUGAACAGAGAAGAUCAAACCCGCUUCGUUCACCAGCUUUAGUGCAGUCUGAGCAGUCACCACUGUCUCCUGUAGCCGCGCUUCCUAAUCCGCUCAAUACAACAGUAAUGUUUUCAAAGACGGUUGCCCCCGUUUGUCUGUAUAAGUAAUACUGAGUAAUACACUUUUGUUGUUGCUUCAUUCACUACGUAUAAUUCUUUGUGCCAAAAUACACCGGAGUUAAGAAAGCCAUUAUUUCUGUUUCCAUGACACAGUUGUUACUUCCUCAUAGCCAUGUUUGCAUAUGUGUGUGUGUGUAACAGGACCGAGCAUUUUCAUUAUCAAUAUUGCCGAUUUAUAAUCGUUUGGUCUAUAAAAAGGUUGAACAUGCAGUUUACUGUUUCCCAGAGCCCACGGUGGCAUCUCUAAAUGAUGUCCAAAAGCCAAAGUCGUUUAUUUAGUUUACUGUCAUUGAAGACUUUAGGAAGCUGGGACCAGAGAAUUGUUGGUAUUUUUGCUAAUAAUUAUUAUUAAUUCAUUUCUAUAUUAUUAAAGUAAUUGCAGAUUAAUUUCCUGUUUGAAGAAUCCAUUUAUCAUCUGAUUGUUGUUCAGCUAUGUGUGUGUCGUGUGCAUCUCAUUAAGCCUCUUCAUCACUGCCUUCACUUCCCUCAGAACGGGUGCUUAACUUGCAGUAUUGUAUCUGUGUCAUUACUCUCUGUAACUCCACAAAUGAACCUUUGUUUGUCAAAAUGAGUUCCAAACUAGUAAAUUGCAGUUGAAUAAAGACAGCAGGUUCUUUUUGAGACUCAUUUAAUACACAACAGGAAGGUCGAGCAAAGUCGAUACGUUUCCAAAACGUAGGACUUGUUUCCUUGUCUUUGUUAAAUGUGCCUCAUAUUGUGCUUAAACUAUAACUAUAAAACUAUAGCAACGUGCACAAACCUUUUACACGCACAUCAAGAAAAACGUGUAAAAAUGCUACACAUUUGAUAGCUUCAAUAUGUUGUCACAUAUUUUUUUACUGUAGAUGAUUUUCAUCUUUUUUAUAUAUAUAAUAUAUAUAUUUCCAUUUGUGGUCUCUUGUUAAAAGCUCAUUGUUUUUGUUAAGUGAUGAUUCGAUAUUCCUCAUUCAGUGCCCAUCUCAUUAUCAGUGUCGACAAUAAUAACGCUCAGUUGAUGUUUAACCCUGGUUUCAACAGAAACUAGAAUUUUCCCUAUAUUGUAUCACACGCUUCAUUAAAUGAUUCUCUGUUUGUACUGCC